CACAAGUCGAGGUGCUUGUUGUUUCGGAGUUGCGAGGAACGUUUAACAAGAAACAGUAGUAGUAGAAGAAGAAGAUGAAGAAGGAAGAGCAAUAGCGAACGGUGGAUGUGAAGUGUUAGAUAGUGUUUCUUAUUUGUCUUCUUGUGUCCGGCUGACGGAGUCUGUGUGCAAUGAUCGAGAGUGGAGAGCACCCAAAAAAUACGAGGAUGGGCGCUGCUGCUAUUCCCAGGAAUUCUUAGGUGUUUUUGCUGGGGGACAUGCACCAGCCUGACAAAUACACCAUGGAGAAAAGAGACAUGACCAUUAAAGAAGAGGAUUGUGAAUGGGAAGCCAGCCUCUGCAGUCAGACUAGUUUGCCCAUUAAGUCAGAGGACCGUGAAUGGGAGUCAGUGGGCAUUGCAGAAGACUCUGAGCAGACAUCUGCCUGUACUGACGUAGAGAAAUGUGAAAUUAAAGACCACGUCAAGGAAGAGGACCUCAAUUCAGAGUAUGCCUGUAAAGAUGCAGACAUGACCGGAGUAGUCUCCCUGCAGGACGGGUACCAUUCUUUUCAGGAGUGUCCUGUCAACGUGAAAUCCGAGACCUUAGAAGAAGAAACAGAGAAAGAAUCAAGGAAAAAAAUAGAAUCUGAGCCAACCCCAUCAAGUCUUUCUGGAAAAAAAUUGCAGGAUUGUGACCACUUCACUUCAUCCUCAUUUGGUCAGUACCCUCUUCAAGGCAAAGAACAACGAUCAGCAUGUGAGGAAAAUGUGAAGAAAUCAGAUUCAGGAGCAGCCUCAGUGCAAUCCAGCUGUUUGCAUACAGUGAAACUAACAGACUUCCCUGGCACUCCUCAACAGGUGCAAAAUAUAAAUCCAAUGUCUCUGCAUACUUGUCAAAAGCCCAAACAAAUGUAUAAAAGAAAAUCAAAUACUGAGGUUCCACAGUGGAGUUUUUCAAAACAGAAGCUACAUUCCUGUUCAAACUGUGGCAAACAAUUCUCCAAUAGCAGCAAUUUCCAGAAACACAUGAGAAUUCACACUGGCGAGAAGCCAUACUGCUGUUCUGAAUGUGGCAAACGAUUCUCCUGUAGUAGCAGUUUGCAAAGACACACAGGAAUUCACACUAAACCGUAUUGCUGUCCUGAAUGUGGCAAACAAUUCUCCUGCAGUGGCAGUCUUAAGAGACACACAGGUAUUCACACUAGCAACAACCCGCAUUGCUGUUCAGAAUGUGGUAAGCAAUUUUCUGACAGUAGCAGUCUUGAGGCGCAUAUAAGAAUUCACACUGGAGAGAAGCCUUAUUCCUGUUCUGAAUGUGGUAAACAAUUCUCCUUCUGUAACAGUUAUCAGAGACACACAAGAAUUCACUCUGGAGAGCAGCCCUACUGCUGUUCUGAAUGUGGCAAGCAAUUUUCUGACCGCUCUAGUCUUCAUGUACACACAAGAAAUCACAAUGGAGAACAGCCCUAUUGCUGCUCUGAAUGUGGUAAAAGAUUCUUCCGCAGAAGCAGUCUUCUGAGACACUCAAGAAUUCACACAGGAGAGAAACCACAUGGGUGCUCUGAAUGUGGCAAACGAUUUUCUUGUGCCAGUAGUCUUCAGGUACACACAAGAGUUCACUCAGGAGAGAAACCUUACUGCUGUGGUGAAUGUGGUAAGCGAUUCUCUGACAAUAGCAGUAUUUGGAUACACAAAAAAAUUCACUCUGGUGAGAAAUCACACUGCUGUCCUGUGUGUGGAAAACGAUUUUCCACCAGCAGCCAUUUACAGAGACACAUGAGAACUCACACUGGUGAGAAGCCAUAUUACUGUUCUGAAUGUGGCAAACAAUUUUCCAACAGCAGCAAUCUUCAGGCACACACAGUAAUUCAUGCUAGUGAGAAACCUUAUUUCUGUUCUGAAUGCGGCAAACAAUUUUCUGACAGUAGAAGUCUUCAGGUGCAUAUAAAACUUCACACUGGAGAGAAGCUGUACUGCUGUUCUGAAUGUGGGAAACAAUUUUUAUACAGCUUUAGUCUUCAGGUGCACAAAAGAAUUCACACUGGAGAACAACCUUUUUGCUGCUCUGAAUGUGGCAGACGAUUUUCUCGCAGAGGCAGUUUUCUGAGACACUCAAGAAUUCACACUGGAGAGAAACCACAUGGCUGUUCUGAAUGUGGCAAACAGUUUUCCAGUACUGGUAAACUUCAGGUACACAUGAGAAUCCACUCGGGAGAGAAACCGUAUUGCUGCCAUGAAUGUGGCAAACAAUUCUCUGAUAAUAGCAAUUUUUGGGUGCACAAAAGAAUUCACUCUGGAGAGAAACCGUAUUGUUGUCCUGAAUGUGGUAAACGAUUCUCCACCUGCAGCCUUAUCCAGAAACACAUACAAAUCCACAUUGAUGAGAAUCCAUAUUGCUGUUCUGAGUGUGGUAAACAAUUCUCUUGCAGUAGCAGUCUUCGAAGACACAGAAGAAGCCAUGCACCAGAGAAAGAUAUGAAGUAAAAUAACUUGGGAACUUGUAUAAUACUUGAACUGUAGUAAAUGUCGCCCAGGCACCUCAGGUUUUGAAAUUGUUUUAUUGGGGAGUGGGUAUUUUCAACGCAUCCUCGUUGAUGGGCUACUGGGAAAGGUUUUGGGUAUCAUCCUGCUCACAAGUGAUCCUGGGAAGGCUUCAAGGCAGGCUUCCUUUUUGCAUGUUUACUUUGCCACUAAUGCAAUUGAUAUUGUUUUGUGAAAUUAUUUGCAAAGUGAAAUGCUUAAGUUUAAUAGAGUUCAGUUUUGUGCAAUAAAUUAUCAAUACUUAAAAAUGAAAACAAAAAGGUAACACAAGAUGAAAAGGUUAAACGAGACCAAAAUCCAGAAGAGACCUGAGCUUGUUAAACACAAGGUAUUUUUUUAGGUGCACCAUAUAUGUAAAUGUUGUGGAAUACAAAAGAAUCAGCAGAUUAACUUUGUACACUGUUUAUAAGCCUAUGCGGAGACCAUGGGUUAUGAAUGUGUGCUCUCACACAGACAGUUCUGGCAGGGCAUUAUAUAGCAGCAAAGGUAGGUGGCCUGCACAGCUGAUAACACAUCUACUCUCACCUGCAAUACAAGCUUAAACCAGUGUUCUCUGCUUCUGAAAGUAAAUAAGUACAGGCCAAUCUUGCAGGUGGACAAUAGUAGGAACUCAAGAUGUGUAAACAUAAAAACUAUACCAUAAUGUGUCUCUUCUUCAUAUAACUGUCAAGUGUAUGUUUUUUUUUAUUAACCACACUGAGCAACAAUUUUUUUCAAGAGUUUUGCUUCUUGAAAUAUUUUGGUGAGUAUUACAUACAGAUUCAGUCUAAACAC